AGUCGAGUGUGAACACAGAAACGGAUGGCGCAUGCUCCAAGCGUCUGAUACAACGGCCCGCCGAAACACGCUUUGCAACUUGUUGAUUGUUCGCUCACUUCACAUCAGUCUGCCGCGAACGAUGCGACGGGUGGUCGUGUCUCGCGUCACGCCCGAUCUCGCUCUGAACUUCGAAAUUAUUCUACGAAAUAAUAUGAAGUUUUCAAACAUAAAAUUGGGCAGAACUACCGUUUCCUUCGCAUCUAUUAGUGUUUAAUUCAUGUAAAACAUUGAGAAACGAAUAGUUUUAAGUCACUUGAAACUUAAUAGGCUUACUCGUUUACCUGCAUAGGUACUUCGUCCCACGAGCGAGUUGGUUGGUUACCUACCUUAUCGGAUAAACGAACAUUUUUUCAAAUGGAUGUGCGUUUGAGUUCUGUGAUAGUGUGCGUGUAUAGUGUGAUUACGAGACUCUGUGAGAGCGUCUUCAGAGUUGGUGACAAGUUUUUGCUAUAGUGACGUGAUAGAAAUUAUUAAUUGUAAGAAACAUGCACACGCGCAAGAGUGAGAUGGGCUUGCUUACAGCUCUACUGCUGUACUCUCUGACGGUGACGGCCGCACAGUAUACAAAAGUACGUGAUUACAAACACCACGUGACCAGAUUAAGGCAUUCAAGACACCUAGAGGGCUACAUGCCAAUACACACAGCCUACGUACCAGCCUCAUCACCCAAGCUGGCCGUAAAGGACAACCACAAGCCACUGUUCACAAACUGCUUGAACUACAGGCCCACGGUAAAAGAAGAGGCACCUGUGGGCACAUUCGUAUUCCAGGUACAUGCCGAAGAUCGCGAUCCGCCGGAAAUGGGCGGAACUGUCACGUACAAAUUCGUCUCCACUCCCGGUGAAAAGGAAAGAUUUCACGUCGAUCCCGCAAGUGGGAAUAUCACCACAGCGGACAUUUUUGAUCACGACGAGCCGUCCAGAGAGAAAGAAGCAUAUAUCACAGUGAGAGCGAGUGACAACGGCCAACCUCAACUUGACGAUGCGUGCACGAUUAAAAUCAUCAUUGAGGACAUUAAUGACAAUCCGCCUGUUUUCGAUAAAGUUUCGUAUUCGGAGUCAGUCCCUCAAGAUCUGCCGAGCGGAAGAGAGGUGAUGAGGAUAUCAGCAACAGAUAUAGACGAUGGAAACAAUUCAAUAGUGAAUUAUAAAUUAGACCCCAAUUCUCCGGAUGGAGCAUAUUUUAUUAUUGAUCCAGACAAUGGAGUCAUAUUUUUAAAUAAGACAAUUGAUAAACCGCCCGGGUAUAAAUUUAAACUGAGCGCUAUAGUCACAGACAAAGGCGUUGAGCAACAACAAAGUUCCAUAAGUUUAGACAUACAAGUUGUCGAAUCCAACAAGAAGAGCCCAUCAUUCAUAGAAGUUCCAGACGGACCCAUCAGAUUAAAAGAAAAUUACGCAGAUUUCAACACACCAAUAGCUACAAUAAGGGCGGUUUCCAACAUACCGGAUGAGAACAAGCUGCAGUUCGAAUUAGUUCAAGGCCAAACAGAACAAACGAAUAAAUGGCAUACAUUCGUUCUGGAACCCGAAGCCGAUACAGCUUACGUUAAAUUAGGGAAUCACUUGGACUAUGAGAAGAUAACUGAUUACACCCUCACUGUAAGAAUACAGAAUAAUUAUAAAUUAGCAGCCGAAACAAUAAUCCAGAUCGAAGUGGAAGAUGUCAACGACAACAUACCAAUAUUCAGCGAAAUCCGUUCCGGUAGUGUAUUAGAAAACGAGAAUCCUGGCACGCCUGUGAUGCAGGUCCGAGCAUUCGACGCAGAUGGGACCGCAGCCAACAACCAAGUCACUUACGAACUGGGAGACCCCUCAGACCCUUUCGCUAUAGACAGCAUCACCGGGAACAUCACAACCUUAAAGAUGUUUGAUCGGGAAGAACGAAGCUUUUACAAUAUUAAGAUCAUAGCCACCGAUAAUUCUGAAUCAGCCCUUAUACCGGGGAAACACAAUGCAGGACAGCAAGUUUUCUUGAUCGAGAUCGCUGAUAAGAAUGACAAUCCACCACAUUUCACGCAGCAAACGUAUGUUGCGGAGUCGAUUGCUGAGAAUGCAAAUAUUAAUGAACUCGUCACUGUGGUGAACGCUAGAGACAUUGAUACAGCUUCCAUAGUAUCUUACAGCAUCGUAGCGGGAAACACUUACGACGCCUUCUUGAUAAGAAAUUUCACAGGCGAAAUCAGAGUGAACAACGAAUUGGAUUACGAAAAUAUAACGAGCUAUAGACUCGAUGUUCGAGCCUGCGACGGCAUAUACGAAGACAAUGCUGUCGUCAUUAUAAACAUUGAGAAUUUGAACGACAAUCCUCCAGUUUUUGUUACAAAUUACACGAAAACCAUUGAGGAGGAACGGCUUUACGAAGGGUGUAUAGUUAAGGUUGAAGCCUACGACCCAGAUAUAAAAGAUAGAAACGCUCCACAAAACAUAAUCUAUUCCCUUGUGAAGCACGAACAGAAGGAAUUCUUGCAAAUUGACAAUGACGGCUGCCUACGUUUGACCAAACCACUGGACCGGGACCAACCCUCAGGAUUCACCAGAUGGCAGUUCUUGAUUAUGGCUGCUGACCACGGAGGCCGAUUAGGCUCCGACAGUUUGAGGUCCACAACUGAAGUCAUCUUGGAACUGACCGAUAUAAACGAUAACGCGCCUUUCCUGACGAAUACUCAGCCGGUCAUUUGGUACGAGAAUGAGCCACCAGGCCAGGUUGUGGUGCUGACUGCGAAAGAUUACGACUCCAACGAGAAUGGCCCGCCAUUCACAUUCGCUUUGAACGAAUCUGCGUCUUUUGACAUCCGAUCCAAAUUCCAAAUACAAGGGAACAUCCUUUCUACAUUAGUAUCCUUUGAUAGAGAGCAAAGAAAAGAAUACAAGAUACCUGUAGCUAUAACCGACUCUGGCACUCCGAGGUUGACGGGUGUUUCGGUGCUACAUGUCGUCAUAGGUGACAGGAAUGAUAAUCCAAUGGGACCAGGCCAUAGUGACAUCUUCGUUUAUAACUAUAAGGGCGAGGCACCAGACACGGAGAUUGGUAGGGUGUUUGUCGACGACCCCGACGACUGGGAUCUACCGGACAAGAGAUUCAUGUGGCUGCCUUCAUACGAGCAGAGGAGCCCGUACUUCGACGUCCACAGCAACACGGGCAUGAUAACAAUGAAAGAGGGAACCCCUAACGGCACCUAUUUGUUGAGAUUCAAUGUAACAGAGGAGAACGAACCCAUAGUCGCCUUCCAUUGGGUCGAGGCUACAGUCAAUGUGACGAUCAAGGAAAUACCAGAAGAAGCCGUCGACAAAUCUGGGUCAAUUCGUUUCGUUAACGUCACCGCUGAAGACUUCAUCAUACCUGAGGAGGAUGGUACCAGUAAAAAGGAUAAGCUCCAUCGUCGUCUAGCCCAGCUGUACAACACUUCCUUGGACAACGUAGACGUCUUCACGGUAUUCAGCAAGCCGACUGUGAAAGACAUGUUUUUGGAUGUGAGGUUCUCGGCUCACGGCUCGCCUUACUACUCACCAGAGAAACUUGACAGCAUGGCGGUUGGGAUACAGGAGAAGCUGGAAGAAGAACUCCAAUCAAGAAUAUACAUGGUGCACAUCGAUGAGUGUCUGAUUGAGAAGGAGCAAUGCGAGGACUCAUGCCGUAAUGUGCUCAUAAAGAAUAACGUACCGCUUUCCGUGUAUACCAACACAACUAGCUUCGUAGGAGUCUCCGCGAGGGUCGAAUCCGAGUGCACGUGUGAUGUACAGGAGCCACUGAUUUGCUUAAACGGAGGUACAGCUUUUGCGGACAAGUGCGAGUGCCCCGAAGGUCUGAACGGACCUCAUUGUGAGCAGACAUCGAUCGGUUUCCAUGGCGACGGGUGGGCCAUGUAUGCACCGCCUCCCGCGUGCCACGAGGGCAGGGUCACCCUGACCGUGACCUCACAUUCCAAAAAUAGUCUUGUCUUUUACAUGGGGCCUCUGAAGCACAAUCCGUUGUUGAACGUUCAAGACUUCAUGUCUUUGGAGCUGAAGGAUGGUCAUCUGCUGCUGCUCGUGAACUACGGCUCGGGUAUAACGCGACUAAACAACACUGUCGUGGAGGUGGCCGACGGAAAACCUCAUUUAAUAGAAAUAGUGCUCACAAGGAACUCGAUCGAGAUGUUUGUGGAUCGUUGCAAACUGUCCACCUGUAUGAGUCUGUCGGCUCCUAUAAGGCCCAACGAAAUACUUAAUGUCAACGGUCCCUUACAACUCGGCGGGGCUAGCAUCGAUCUGGAAGCUUUGGCUCAAUCGUUCGGCUGGUCCAUGGUCCCGACUAACCAGAACUUCAUCGGAUGCAUAAGCAAUUUCACGUACAAUGAUUUUAUGUACAAUCUUGGCCAGCCGUCUAUGCACAAGAACGCCGAUCCAAGCUGUCAGAGAAGCAUGUUCACAGCCGUUACGUUCGGAAUAGAUGCCAACUUCCUAGUAGCCAUAUUGGUGUGCAUCGCGAUUUUAGUCAUUUUGCUGUUAGCGGUAGUGGUACACCGGCGUCGCGCCGACGCGUGGGCGGAGAAAGAGCUGGACGAUAUAAGGGAGAACAUCAUCGCCUACGAAGACGAGGGCGGUGGCGAAGGAGACGCCGGAUACGACCUCCAUGUCCUUAGACAAAUGUACGACGGACCGCCUCCAGAUACCGGCGCUUACCAACAAAGAAGGCUACUAUUAGAGACGACACCGGACAUAUCAGGGUUCCUGGACGAUAAGAAGUCGGUGUUGGAUCGCGAUCCGGACAUCAUUCCUUACGAUGACGUCAGACACUACGCGUACGAAGGCGACGGGAACACCAGCGGGUCCUUGUCUUCGUUGGCCAGCUGUACCGACGACGAAGAUCUGAAAUUCAACUACCUAUCGACAUUCGGUCCUCGAUUCCGCAAGCUGGCCGACAUGUACGGCGACUCCGACGACGAGAGACAACCGCACGAGGAGUCGUGGUGCUAGCGCCACGCUUGGCUCGUGUAGCCAGACAAACAUCACCCCUAUGUGACUUGGAUUUAAGGGCGAAAACGCCCAGUGUCAGUACUUGGUGGACGCGAAAACGCGACUAAAUUGCGAUUUAAUGCCAAGCUUCAAGAUGCCUUACCGCUCAACCGCGUUUCGAUUUCGACGGGUCGUGUUCCUCGUCGAUGCUCGUGUGACAUUAUGGACCCCACCGUUUGAAUUUUUGAAUAGGAAUUGUUUAAAGGGCCUGUGAUAGUUGUUCAAAUGAUUUUAAACAUUCGUGGUUCGCUUUAAGCCACUGAUGCAUUCCGUGUAGUCAGUCUCCCUCGUUUUGUUUCUUUUUCGUAAAUAACCGCAUUGAACUGUGCGCUUUAGUGACGUUGUGAGUGUUUGAAAUGUUCCGUGCGCGACAUGAACUUGUCCAAUAAUUCGAGAGUCUUCUCUCUAAUUUAGACCAUAAAUCAGACGUAAAAUUUCUCGUGUGAACUAUUUAUAGAUAUUUGUCACAUUAAUUAAUUAUGAACACAAGGCAAAUUUAAAAAAAAUGAGUCAGUUAACGCAUUUACUGAGAUUUUUGUCUUGAGUUAAAUUUUGAGGGUAGGCGAAAAAAAAAACAUUAAUUAAUGCGAGAACUAUCUAUGAAAGGAUAAGUAAAUAAAUAUCUGAUGUACUUAGUUGAGUUUAUGUGCUUUUUUUUUUAAAUAUAUAAUAUUUUGAAAAUCAUUCUGCUACCCGUCCAAAAUUAUAUUUUGGCCUAAACGUUUGAGUAAUAUGUAUGGGAUGAUAAGUUUGUACAUUUUACGUGUGACUGAGAAUGAUUUGCAAAUUAUAAAUCAGAAGAAAUUUGUUAAGGAACUUGCAUUUUUUACUAUGGACUUUUUUAAGGGUUGAAUUGACACUGUCGAACAUGGAUUGUUCACGGCCCUCGAUAAACUUUGAUCCGAUUUAGUAUUACUAUACCUAAUACGUGUGUGGUGUAUGAUUAGGAAUUAGAUUGACGAAGCUUUUACUGGUGGUAGGGCGUCUUGUGAGUCCGCACGGAUAGGCACCACUGCCCUAUGUAUUUCUACCAAGCAAUGGGUUUCGGUUUGACAGAUGAGGCUCUCGUAAAAACCCAGACUUAAGUUUCAAAGUGGAUGGUGGCAUUUACGUUGCCGAUGUCUAUGGGCUCUACCACUUAAUUCUAGAUAAGCCUUAAGAUCGUCCUCCCAUAUAAGAAAGAAAAAAAAACAAAUAUUUCACUCCACUUUCGAUAAGCUAAACACGGUAUAAGUUUAUCGAUAGUUGUCGACAAUUAUCUUUCCCAACUCUAAGUCCAUUAAUAAGCGGGGUGUCACUAAACCUGUGGUACCGCACUACGUUUUUAAAGUCGUAGCUGAUUUAAAUAAGUUUUUUUAAGAAACAAAAAAAAACGACUGAUUCGAAAACGUUGUUUUAGGCAUCGUUUUAGAUACGCCUAAAUUAUUUCUUGUACGUAAAUUUUUAUUAUAAUAAAUGUAAGGUAUGUCGACAAGUUUAAUGCUAAUUUCGUGUUUAAAAUAUAUAAAUAUAUUAUUUUUGUACUGUGUCAGCUAAAUGAUUUUAUUUAUGAAACGUAAUAAUUCAAAUCGGAGUUGUUUAGUGCAACAGCGCUUAGUAUGUUUAGUGCCAUUUAUGUUAUUUAAGUGCAUAACACCGUUCGAUGGAUGCCUCUCACAUUUUCUGUAUUUAACGAAAUUAAGCCCUAAGUUCAAGUCAUAACAAUGGAAAUUAAAUGAACAUAUUUUUUUUAAUACUUUCCCUUCCUUAAAUUUUUAGUGAGAUUAAAGAAGUGUUAUUUCUUAUUGAAUAAUUGUUUAAAUUCACUAACGCUCAUACUUGGAAAUUUCUUUUGGAAAACUAACAAUAGGAGAUAAUAUAAAAGUCCUCAGUUCAACUUACUCGUAAUAUAAAAAUAAGUGUCACUAAUAUCAACAUUAACAGACAUUAAUCUUGACAUUAGUGACAUAUAAUUUCGCAUCGAUUUCCAUUUGAAAAUUUUGAAAUUUGCGGUUCGUUUAAGUGCGACAAUGCUUAAGAUAAGAUCUCCGUGAACAAUAAAACAAAAGCAAUCGGAAGCCCAUGCGUUAAAUAUAUUAAAAAUAAAACCUUUAUCCCGAUUCCUUUCAAAAGUGAUUAUUGUAAAAGUAAAUCUGAGCUUGUCUAAUGACAUGAAAUACUAGACGAUGACCGAUUUUUUUGAUAACGCCAUCUUGUUGUGUCUUUAAAGCGGUUAGUUGCCCUCAAUUAAGAACAAUAGUAUUAUUAUUCGCCAAUAGAUGUCGGGAAGAGUUUAUUAUUGAAAGCACGAAUAAAACAAAAUUUUCUGAAAAUAAAUCGUAGCUAGAUCGAUUUAUCGCCCCCGAAAUCCCCUGUAUACUAAAUUUUAUGAAAAUCGUUGGAGCCGUUUCCGAGAUUCAUAUUAUAUACAUAUUAAUAUACAAGAAUUGCUCGUUUAAAGGUAUAAGAUUAAGAAUGAAAAGUAACAAAUCAUAUUUCGAUAGGCGUACGAAAAUUGAAGAGGCAUCUCAUCGUUACGAGUAUAUAACGUCGCAGCUUUUUCAUUAUAAGGACAUUCAAUUUUUUUUUAUAUUAAUCUAUUUUUUUUUUGUUUAUUACCCUUAUUGACUAUUUUAAUGUAAAUACAAACAAACGAAUGUUUGUAUUAUUAUUAUUUUUUUGUACAACGUCCACUUUCCGAAUUUGCGAAUAAAGGAAAUUUUAUAAGAUAAAACGUGAAAUGAUUUUUUUGGUUUUCUGCCAACAUUUUUAAUACUAUUUACCCUAUUAACGUUUUUUGUGGAAUCGAAGCGCGAAUACUUAAUAUUCCUCUCCUUGAUUGAUUAAAUUUGGAUUUAGAUUCCGUGAACUGACACUAACACUUAAAAAGAAGUAUAUCUAAAGCAAUCGAUUUAUCCGAAUGAAUUAAUUGAUCGAUUAAAACAAGAAUCGGUACAAAGUCUAAGACUUCAACUCUUGCUUCGAUGAUUUCCAAAAAUCUUUCACGUGACUUCUACGCCAUCAGAUUUGGAACAUAUUACAAAUAAAAUUUGCAUUUAAAGUGUAGAUUCAAGGUAUAUUAUCGAUAAUCAAACGAGAACGUUCUAGAAGCAUCUAGAUCUUUCUAUUACAUCCGACAUGCAAAUAUUUGCGUAAGGUAAUAUUUGUGUUUUAACUAAAAAUUAUACCUGUUAAGUAAACCUAAACAUAACCAGGUAUAUUUAAGUAUAAAGAUGUGAAUAUGUACAGAUUUUAUUAUAACAUGAGUAUUAGUGUAAUUUUGUAUCGUCUUAUGAUAAGGAAAAAAAAUAUAUACAAGGUGUCUUAAAAUUAUGCAUAUCAACGAAUUUUGAAUAAUAAUCUGUAAACCGUUCGGAAUUAUCCAUUAUAACUGUAUAAAAGUUUUUCACGUUCACUUGUAAAAUAGCUUUUACUACUGUCACUUUAGGAAUUGCUUCGUGUUUUCGAAUCUGCUUUUGUUCCUUAAUUUGUUCGAUAUAUUGGGGUUGUGAAUAUGAAUAAUCGAUUACAUGACAAAAUUUUAACGCAAAAAGAACUCUUAAAUAACUGAAUUAAACUUCUGUUGAUAAAAAAUUACAAUUCGUUCAUUACACAUUAAAUGUUAGCAAAAUACUACACAUAGUGCUCACGUGAACUUAAAUUACAGACACUAAAAAUAUCAACAAAAUCGAUUGAUUCAAUACAAAAAUUAACGUAACCCAAUAAAAAAAUGUCCUACAAAAAUCCACAGAUAAUAUAAAAGUUUGACACAAAUUCAAUUUUAGCGUCUGCACUAUCAAGUGAGGGAGGGUGGAACACACAACUAUCAAUCUUUAUGAUUUAUUAACAAAGUAUAUUAUACCCGUAAACCUUUUUGGAGCGAAACACUUGAGAUAUCAAUUUUAAACUUCAUUGAUGGGCUUAUUUUAGUUCUCUCUUGACUGAAACAUCAUUUUGAAACUGAAUCUAUGACAAAUAAAUAAGACCUUUUCGAGUUUGGCCAUGCAAGUAUUGAAUUUUUAAAGACAAAGCCCCUUGUCCUUUUAUAUAUCUUAUAAAUUUAUUUGAGGUUACAUAGUGUUGUUUCUUUCGAUCGUUUUGAAAGCUAAUUGUCAUUUUGAAUGACAUAAUGUAAUUACCUUUUUAGGCUUUAGAACUGGGCCGAAUCCUCACAUUUCGAUCCUGAGAGUGUUUUGUGUAAUUCUCCUGUACACUGUUCCAAAUCACAGUUUUCGCACAAAUGUUGUAUCGUUUUGGAGAGAAGGGUAUCAACAUCCCGGUCUGCCCUUAAUAUGCCACUCAAGAUAUGCAUAGAUAGAAUGCGUUAAUUUUAUUUAGGUCCAAGCAAAAUCAGUGCUUACCAAGUAAAAGGAUAAUAGGUAUUAAAUAAAAAGUUAAAAAGGGCCACUCCCAAUAACAAUACGCAGUGGACGCAAACUACGCAAUGGACGCGUGGAAAAAAUGGGGUCAACAACCGUACUCAGUCAACUUCAUACGACACGCAUUGGUUUGAUUACCGUCAUACUACAUUCUAAAAAUACAUUGAAACAAUCCGUUGAAAUUGUCUUUAGUUUUAUCUGGCCCAGGAGUCUUAUAGCAUAACUACCCAACACAAUAGUGAAUUACAGGAAUCUUCAAAAAAAAAAAAAAAUUGGAACGGGUUAGUUCAAUUUGCAAUAAACAAAGACACGACAUAGCUUAUUCCAACCCCGAUUUGCCAAUCGAAAUAAAGAUAGCCAUUUUUUUCCCCUAAUUUUACAUUAACUCAAUACCUAAUUUUAUAUAAACUCAAUUUAACUUUUUUUUUCUUUUCUUAACUUUAUUUCGUACGUAGCUUUGGCGUAUAACUAUUUUAUGUAAUUUGCUGAUUUGUUUCAUCAAUAGACGUAGGCGACAAUUUGUAUUUUUGCAGACAAAGGUUCCGUGCAUGAGUUCGCUUAGAAUAAAUGUAGGUAGGUAUUUAUUGUUGUUGAAGAAUAUACAACCUUGAUGUUUCUAUCGCGAACUAUAAUCACUUUCGGCUUUGUCCUUUGCCGUAUUGAAUCAAAUCAGCGAACGCGCUCUCAAACAUUCCAAUUUCCAUUUAAUAUUAUUAUAUUGUUGUAUUCAAAUUAUAUAAAAGCUAUCAGAUCAAUUAAUCGUACUUAUAAAAAUGUUGGGUGUUUAAUUAAAUGUCUAUAUACACUGCCAUUAAAAUUUAAAAUUAGAAUAAGCAUUGACUGAGAUCUAUAGACAAUACUUUCAUUUUUAAUUUACGAACCACAGACACUGCUCGACUCGCACACGUUUUUACAUUUGAUUUGUAGUUAUAAAUUUAGGAAUUAUUUCGUAUUUUAAAAGUAUUUCUUUCAUGCCAAUAUACUAGUAGGCAGAACAUAUAUUCAUUUUGUAGUUUGAUUUAACUUGCAGUUUUACUAAGUAACAACUAACUUUAUGCCCUGAAUUAACUAUCCUUGGAUUCGAAAGUCAUCGUGGUUUUAGUGGACUACAGACAGGGGAAGUAUCUAAAUUCCAUAUAGACUGUUUUAAGUUAGAGUAAAAUUUCAAAUAAAUUAUAUUUGAUUUUGGCAAAUUCGUUUUCUCACGAGAACUGUUAAUUGUACAUUAAAUACAACAGAUUAUUUUUAGAAUAUAAAUUACCUUAUCGUGUGUGAGCGGUAAUGUAAAUUAGUAUACUUUUAUCUUGUUUUAUAAUUAAUUUUCAUUUCACGUUUAUAAAGCUCUCAAGUUCAGGGAAAAUGGAAAGAAUGAAACCAUUGAAAUAAAUAAAAAAAAUAACUCCUAUGAUUUAUUUUUAUUUGACGUUCAUCUUGGCAAAACCACUAUAGAUCUCAUAAAUAGAUUCCAUUUACGGACUCAUACAUUUUUUUUUUAUAAUAUCUAGAUUUAUUCUGUUGUCAUAUGUCGAAUAUUGUAGUGAGAUUGCAAAUGGAAUUUUGUUGUUAAGGUUUGAAGAAAUAUCCAAUUCUCUUCGUAUUGUGUAAUAGACAGUUUUGAUGUUUUGAGGUUUGAGGAUGCUUGAGGGUGACAUUUAGUUAUCUACGUUAGUAAAAAUUAAAGCAGAAUUUAUAAUUAUUUCCUUAAUUUUUCAAAAAGUUAAAUUUUCAUGAUUUUGGCAACACCGAUAUAAAUUGAAUUAAAACUAAUUUUUAAAUCUAACUGAUGUGGUUUAACUCAAUGUCACCCAAAUAAUUUAAUUAUUUAUCAUUUCAGUAAAGUGUAAAAAAAUGCGUAUUAAGAUUUAUAAAGUCGAAGUUUUAGGAGAUGAAAGGUAAAUAUUCUGUCAAAAAAACUCAGUUUACGAUAUGAAAUAUAUAUUUUGAUUUUGAAAAAGACGUAAAAUCCAAUGCAAUUUUACAUAUUUUUAAUAAAAUAUUGUAUUAGUUCCUUUCCUUGCAAAGUUUAUUUCUAAAUUGACAGGUGUCAUUUUUAACACCUGUCAUUUUUUGUUAUCUAGAGUUUACAGAACUCUGUGUGUAUGAUAUCGUAAACCGAAAUUUUGAAUUGAAUAAGUAAUUAGAAUGAUCGUGUUAUUAUUGUAAUAUCGAGAAAAGAAUUCGACUGAAGUAUGUCAUAUUAGUAUCUAAACAUAGUUCGUAAGGGCAUAAUUUUUAAAACUGUUUAUAUAGAAAUUAAAAUAUUCAAUUCAGCAUUGAAAUAAAGUGAUGAAAUUGAA